GUGUUGUUGCAGAGCGUUGCUGGGGAGAGAAGGAGGAGUGUGGUGGUUGUUGUUGGAGGAGAAGGAGUGUGGUGGUUGUUGUUGUUGUUGGAGGAGGAGGUGGAGGAGUGUGCACAAGGUGAGAGACGUCAGGGGAGUCCUGGGUCUCGUGGACUCGGCACGAUCCGAUUGGGUCGGGGUGCAGCGGGGAGAGAAGACGGAGCGAGUCCGAUUCCUUGCUGCGUUUCCAUCAGUCGCGACUCAACGAGCAUCGAUCGGUGGGCGAGAUUCCACGAAUGCGCCCGAAACGAGCCUCGCCGAUUGAUGAAGUAACGCGGCACCGCGGCCACGUGCUCGCUCGGCUCUCGGUCCGUCGAGGCUCAAGGAGAAACAAGCAACGGUGGCGCCUUCCUCGUGUUCCCGCAGCCACGACCGUGCCUGGGAUCGAACCUAGAAGAGGGGAGGGAGAGUCCUUAGGGGCGCGCCAUCAGCGUGUGAGAACGCGUUGCUCGGUGACGGCGGAGAGAAGAGGCCGCGGAGUCCCCGGGGUCGCGAGUGGAGACCACGCGGGUGUCCAAGGCGGUUUCGGAGAUGGCCUUCAUUUCAGCUUCCGUGACCUCUCCAAAUCAGUCACUUUUCUUCAACGCCUGGUCCACAACUGUCGACGACAUCACCGCCACCACGAGAUCCCCCCCGGCAGAGCACGUGCACAGCCGAAAAACAUUUGACCUGAACGAUUCUGGUAACGCACCGGAUCUGUUUGGCCUCGUCUCCCGCCUCCUGGAUGAAGAGGACCCCUCGGAGACCGAGGAAAGGGUGCCGUCUCCAGCCCCGCACAGCUUGCCCUGGCCGCUGCUAAACCACGCAGCUCCUCCACCACUCCAUCUCCCGGCGCACGUGCCUUCCGCAACGUCUCCUCCACCACCUCCCUGGCUCCUCCCCGGCGGGGGUGUGCUGGCAGGGCCCUCGUCUCGCUCGGCCGAGCAGCCGAGCGGAGCGGUGGAUGUGCGGGGGACGCCAGGGGCCGUGAGCACCCCGCCGGGCCGGGGGACUUCGCGCUUCCUGGGACGCACCAUGGAGGGGCUGUGUCUCCAUGAGCGGGCGGCAGCGGAGGAGGAGGAGGCGUGCGUGGCUCUCUCGUCGUCCCUCUUCAACUCCGCUAUGCACACCUUCAGGGCCGGGCUUCCUCCGCCCGACGGCUUGAUGCGGUACAACGAGAAGACGUCGGCAGAGAUGACGGCGAUGAUGAUGAUGAUGCGAGACGAGAGUUGUUCGCGGCCAAAUUACUUGAAGGGGAAUUCUAACCAGAGUUCCGGCAGUUGCUUCAGGAGGCCGCUCGGCUCCCGGAACUGUGUGGAGGUCUCUCCGUUCAACCGCCAGGUUGUCGACCCCACGAUGAUGACGCCGAACCUGCUGGCGGAUGAUGGGACGAUGACGACGUCAGCGGUGGCCGGGAUGAGCAGGCAGAGGGAGCGACCCUGGCAUCAGUGGAGCCAUUACAAGUCGGGCGCUCACAACAAAAGCGAUGGCCCUUUUGCCAGGCCGGCUGACGGCGAGUGCCACUCCGCGCCAGUGUUUGGCAAGUUGACGGCAAAUGAGCACGAGGAAGAACCGCGAGGCGGGCUCGGGUGUGUGGCACCACCGCUGCCACCACCACCACUGGCGGUGGCUCCACAGGGGCCACCGCCGCUGCCCUUCGCGUCCGUCCAGAGAUUUGACGGCAACCCGAGACCGAACCGGACCGACUGCUUCCGCGCAGAGGCAUCGCCGGGCUACCCGGGCUCCCCAGGCGUUUCCUUGAUGGCGCAGAGCGGCGCGUUCCCUAACCGCGGUCGCUCUGCCGGCGACUUCGCGACGGUGGGGAGCGGCACCGGGCCCAGCUUCGGCGGCAACAAGUACAGCCGCCCCACUCGACACGAGGCCACGGUGCGUCAGGCAGUGACGGGGUCCCACCGUGGCGUCGACACUGAAAGAGAGCAGUGCAGUUUCCUCUCCUGUCCAUUCAACUGCCGCAAGCAGCAGCAGCAGCCAGCGUUGUCACCCCCGAGUUGUCUAGCUCGGGGUUACUCAAACGUGGGCCCCCGUGGCUUCUCGCUUCUGUUUGACCGACGCAAUGGCAAGCGGCCGUCCGAGACGCCGACGCCGCCGCCCAAGGGCGGCAGCCCUGAGUCGCAGCUGCACCCGCCGUGCUGCUACCCCGGCUACACGUACAGGAGCGAUGGAAGGCCGCAGCUGCCACCGCCAGGGCUGCCACCGCCAGGACCGCCACCGCCCGCUGCGCCACCCUCCAGCGACUCCCCGCCGUUUGCAUUCGGCCCCCCGUUCGGCUUCCCGCCGCCGCCGCCGCCCCCUCCAGGCGCCGGUGAGCGGCGCGUGUUCAGGCCCUGCUAUCCGAGCACGGUCUUCCCGGACCUGUUCUACGGCGAGCUGGCAUCGGGGCUGUACGGAUUCCCGCUGCACUACGGCCUCUUGAAGCCGGCGAUGAAACCACGCAGCGGCCCCGCCAACGAGCUCCACAAGCACCUGGAGGAAUCGUGCGAGCAGUGGAGGGGCCUCGAGAAGGAGAGGAAGAAGGCGGAGAUGGAGCUGACGCGGAGCUACCCAGGGAGCCGCGUGCCGGGCCCCAUCGGCAUCGCGUUGCCGCGCCUGCCGCCCAAUCCGUCACGCGUCGACCGGCUCGUGGUGGACCAGCUAAGAGAGAACGCCAGGGUGGUGGCCGUGCUGGGCCACGUGGAGGCCCUGCUGGGGCAGUCGCUCCCUGCCAGCGUCGUGCGUGCGCUGGCGCGGCACGUGGAGGUGGUGCGCGGUGUGCAGGAUGCGAGGCGCAGCGAGGUGAUGAACGCCGCCCUCCGGCAUAAGCAGGGAGCCCCGCGGCACCGCUGUGACAAGGACGUCCUGGCGCUCGCCUACUCGGUGCGGGCACUUGGUGUGGCGACGCGCCGGGCCCGCUUGGCGCUCUGGUGCGGCCUGCAGCUCGGCCUCCCCGAGUGCCUUCGCGGGGACGCGGCCACUCACGCCGCCCUGAAAGAAGCCCUGCGUGACCUCGACUCGCCUCCUCCGCCUCCGCCUCCACGUCCGCCUCCGCAGCCUCCCGCUCUUUACGGCGGCGGCGGCACGGAGGGCACGCCGGCGGGCGCCGUCUCGCCUCGCCCCCACUGCGAGCCCAACCAGCGCGGUGGACAGGCCCCGCAAACGGCGUUCGGCAUUGACGAUGGCCGCGACGAUGUCGAUGAUGGUGAAGGAGGAGGAGGUGCUUAGAAGAAGCGGCGGUGGCGGCUGCGAGUUUCUCCUGCUGCAAGGGACUCGAGACGUGUUCUUUCCGAGUCGCAGAUUUGGAGGGAGGGGGGGUGGGGAGGAAAUGAAAUAGUUGUGUUUAUUAAUUUUGGGUCUAGUUUUUUUUUGUUUAGAUGACUUUAUUCGCAGACGGGUGGUUGUCCGCACCUUCGAAUACCGGUCGGGGGUCGACUCGGCUUGUCAAGUCACUGGGGUCGAUGAAGUGUAACACUUUUUUGGGAAAGUCACCAGUCGUUGUCGUGGAGGCAGACUGGUCCUUGUCAUAGGAACGUAGAAUAUCCACCACUGGAUUAGAGCUGUAAAGGGAUGAACAAAGGUCCCGCACUCGUUUUAGUGGGAAACCACUUUUUCUUUAACUUUCUAUUGAGGUCACGUGCAGCGGCGAUGUUUCGUUUAUUGAAGAAUCGCAUGUGUGCACGUGCAUCCCCGCGAGCCUGGAAUGCACGACCGUGUGUUAGUUGUGGUGAUUGGAAAUCUAGAUUAUUUAACUUUUUUGUAGCUUUCUUACAACCAAAUCUCCCGAAAUGCGCUAUUUGAAGCUGGGCCGGGUUGAUCCUGGUUAUCACUUAGAUGGGUUGACUGCCUGGGAAUGCCAGGGCAGACUUGGGGGGGCUGUGUGCUGGCCAUGCGAUGGCAAUAAAAACAAUGGAUUCUUGAAUUUAUCUGUGCUGAGCUUUCAGCAGUUCCGAGUACUCUAUGGUUUCCUUAUUCCAAUGCAGGACCCUAAUUAAGAAAACCUGGAGACUGAGGCUUUCCGGGGUAAAUCAUUGGGGUGUUAUUAUUGUUAACUCUGUCAUGUACAAAUUCAGAACCGCGUCGCGUGGAAUGUUCAUUUUGACUUUGGCGAUUUUAUAUUUUGACGAAAUCGUGAUGCGACGAGGCGAUCGACGCGAAAGUGCGUUGCAGAAGCGGCGGCAUGAAUGGCGUAGGGGCAUCUUCACCUAGCGGCAGACAGAGCUUGGCUAACUGAUUUUAUUGAAGAGUCAAAACCAUCGUAAACUAGACGUAGUGUGCUACUAGUUUAAUCGGUCGUGGCUGCCGCUUGCGUGCAUACCGUAUUUAUGUGCUUGGCGUCUGCUCCGUUGUUGACUUGGCUGGCAGGUUGAUUCUGGCACGUGCUAAAAUCUUACUGCGUUAGCCGCCGAAUUCUCACUCCCGACGGUGGUGGACGGUGCUUUUAUUUAUUUAUUUUAAAAAGGAGUGUCAUUUCUUGGGAAGCCUCGGGUCCCAGCGUGACCCCCAUCGUGGUUUCGCGUUUUUAGUUUUCACUUUUUUUGCGUUUUAAUUUCGUGGGUAUUUUUUACGUCUCGUCUACUCGUGUUUAUUUUUUUUAUAUACGGUCACUUGAUAACGGCGUCCUGAGCGGUGCUCGUAUUUAUAUAUAUAUUUUACGAGUUGAAACGAUCAUGAUUUGUCGUUGCGCUUUAGUAAUCGUAACGAUGUUUGUAGGUGCGUGGUGGUCUGGCACCCGCUGGGUUCCAUGGGGACAGAGCGAGCAGUCGGCUGUUCGACAUCCUUUAUUUUAGCAGAGAGAGACGGGUCCGUUGAGAUUCACAGGUUCAUUUACGCAAGGGAACUCCCUGUAGUCUGAAGUUACUUACGGGGGGGGAUGUGUUCCCGAGUGGUGAUGUUACAAUUGUCUUAACAAUCAUUAAUGAUGUUAAUUUUAAGUCCUUUGGGCUGUGCAGUUUACAAUACGUUGGUUCUCACACUUUAGCGACGUCACAAGAAGUGCCUGAAAGUCACUUUAUGAAGUGGGUACUUUAUGUUUUCCCGCGAAAUGGAGUUUCAGAACUCGCUCGGGAGAUGCAUCUUGGAUGCGUAUCUGCCCGAGCCCACUUUCUUUCCUCAAGUCCAUGCCUUGCCACGGACUUUCGUUUGCCCUGAUCCACUCGUUUCUCUCGGUGUCAUUCCAAAUAUGUAUCUUUGCUGUGCCCCUGGCAUGCGUGUGCUGCGUAAUCACAAAACCGUAUUAUGUUGUGUGUGGCGUGUGUGUUUUGAGAGUGAAUCUCUGCGUUAUCUCCUGGAGAUAACAUUCCUAAUGAGCACAGUGAGUGGCUGAACCAAAUCCUCGUGCACGAUGUUUGCGCUUGAAUGUAAGAUAAUGAUGAUGAUGACGAUGCCGACGAUGGUGAUCGUCUUGGUUGGGUGCUACCACUUCGUUUUGUAUUUUUGGAGCGAGUUCCUUGCAGCAGGAGUUGGUUGUAAUUUGAUUGCUCCGUGUGAUUUUUUUUUUUUUGUGGAGCAACCGUUUGACAGCGUAGAGGUGCCUGUUGGAGUUUGACUUGAUUUAUGGUACUGCAUGUCCUUUUAUUUAACCACUUGCAAGGCCUACAGUGUAUUAAUAUUAGUAGAACACGUUGUUUAAUAUAAUGGAAAUUAUAUUAUUGAGCUUUUGCAUGUGCCUUUUCUAUGAUACUCUUAAUUAUUUCGGUAAAGUCGCGUAGGUAAAAAAUGUAAUUCAAAUUAAUAAAAAUAAAAUAAAAAUCACGACGUUUCGGAUGCAAUACCAAGUCUCCGUCAUCAGGUGGGACCGUCACCGCUAGAUUUGCUGCAUCAAGUCACUUGAUGCAGCAAAUCUGGCUGUGACGGUCGUGAUUUUUAUUUUAUUUCUAUUAAUUUUAAUUUCAUUUUUUACCUACGUAACUUUACCGAAAGAACUAAGAGUAUGAAUCCUUGCAGUCACGAAAACUUCAAAUCUAGAACUUUUCUAUGAUGUUUAUGUCGGGUAUUGUUUUUUAUUUCGGAGCAAGUGGCUGGUCUGCUCCUGGGCCCUUCAUUCAACUGACCAACGUGGUGCAGUGUGCUCAAAUAAUCCCCAUGAGCGACAAUGGUGUGGGGAGAGAGGCCUUUCAUCCAGUCGUGGAUUCUUGACCAAAGGGGCUUAAAAUCAUUGUGGUCCUUUUAUUUAACGGGGUGAGAAUCCUCUGGGAUUAUGCCUUUUUUUAUACAGUGUUUGACUUAAGUUUAUAAAUGAUUAUUUACACCAGGUAUUCAUUAAUCUGAAAGUGUUCUGUAGUGUUAUUAGAAAUCAGCCGUUAGUAGGGGUGUGACACUUUCCCCGCUGCCCCGGGGCAAGUCGAUGAAGUUGCCACGAAUUGGGGGGGGGGGGGGGUCAUGAUCUGAUUUCUAAAAUCGAUUUUUUUAUUUUUUAUUUUACACGAUGGUGAAAUUAUAGAUAGCAUCAUCAGUUCAGACUCGCAAGUUGAUUUGUUUAUUUCGUUUCUCAUGUUUUGCCGCUUGACCCGUGACCUUGGGUUUUUUGGAGGGAAAGUUUGCAACAUCCCCCCCCCACCGUCGCUUCUCGCCUUCGCCAAACCCGCACUAAACCCAGCGUGGUGAAGGAUAAUCGCGACCCACCCACACACCCCGCCUGCCCGUGACCCACACGGAGCGCGUGUGGGGAGGCGGUCAUCAUCCAGCAGGAGGUGUUCUCGUGUGGAGAUGCUCGCCUUGUCCAGUAGCCGGUGAUGAAAAGUGCGUUUGUAUUAUUAUUAUUUUGUUGUUGUUGUUGUUGAACCGUAGUGAUUGGUUGGUUGUGAGGUGUAGGUUGCUGCUCUGAUGUUGUUGUUACUAUCCCAGGCAUAAUCCACUGCCUGGUGGCGUUUCCUA